AUGGCCCCGUCCGACGACCGGCCUGCGGCGGCCACCAGCCAACGCAAUGACGACCACGACGACAACCUGUCCACAUAUACCGUCAGCGACGACGGCGUCUCUUUGUCCGACACGUCAGAGCGCCGGCGCCUGAUCCGACGCAAAAAGAAUGUCCGCACCAUUGCCCUCGUCGUCGCCACCCUCAUGUCCCUGUGCGCCGGCUCCAACGCCGUCUUCUCGCUCUACGCGCCCAAGUUCCAAUCCCGUCUGCGCUACACCCAGUUCCAGGUCAAUGGAGUCGCCAUCGGCAGCUCCGUCGCCCUGUACCUCCCCAUCUCCGUCAUGGGCUACGCCUGCGACCGAGCCGGGCCCGCGCCGCUGUCGCUCCUGGCCGCGCUGCUCUUCGCCACCGGCUACGGCACGGCCGCCACCCUCUACCGCAAGCUCGACAUCGAAUACAAUGUUCUCGGGAAAUCGCCCGAGCGCGGCAACGAGUGGUCCUAUCCCCUCAUGGUUUUUGCCUUUGUCUGCAUCGGCGCCGGCACCUGCGCAAUGUACAUCUCCGCCGUCUCGACCUGCGCCAAGAACUUUGGCAAGGGCAAGUACAGAGGUCUCGCCCUGGCGCUGCCCAUCACCGCAUUUGGCAUCAGUGGCAUGUGGAUCAGCCAGUGUGCCAGCCGGUUCUUGUACACCCUGCGGCCAGAUGGCUCCAAGGGCGACGUGGACGUGUUCCGUUUCUUCAUCUUCCUGGCCUUUCUCCUGUUGGCUGUCGGAGUUCUCGGCUUCUUUACCUUGCAGGUCGUAGACGAGCAAGACUUGAUUGAGGAAGCCAUCGAAGAGUUGGAGCAAAGCGGUCUUCUGGACGAUCGCUCGCUACUUCGACGUGCGGAGAGGACCUACGGAACGAACACUCCCGGCACGCCUGCGUCCCUCGAAAGCGCGCCGCUGCUUGCUGGUUCUUUUAGAGACGACGAUGAAGCCAAGUGGAAGAAGAACUGGAUUCUCAACGCCGAGACCAGGAGGUUUCUGGCCGACCACACCAUGUGGCCGUUUGCACUUGCUUUUCUGUUAAUGGUCGGACCUGGCGAAGCAUUCAUCAACAACCUCGGCACCAUUAUCGGGACGCUGUCUCCGCCUAGUACGGAAGGCUUUGGGAGCGAGACGUCGGCGGCUACCCAUGUGUCCAUCUUUGGUCUGACGAGCACCUUUGGCCGCAUGUUGAUUGGGACCAUCACCGAUCUGGUCGCCCCCGCACCACAAACGCAGCAUGCCCAGCUACCCAUUCAUCGCACUUCGAGGCUGCAGCGAUUUACCAUUUCUCGCGUGGCAUUCAUGUUCUUCUUCGCCAUGGCCAUGUCCCUGGGCUUGGCAUUCCUAGCCUCGGGCGCGGCGCAGAACCAUGCCGACCGCUUCUGGGUCGUCUCCGGCCUUGUCGGCGCUGGCUACGGUGCCAUCUUCAGCCUGGCGCCUUUGAUUGUCACAAUCAUCUGGGGCGUUGAAAAUUUUGCCACCAACUUUGGUAUCGUGACCACGCUGCCUGCCUUGGGCUCGACAUUCUGGGGCCUCGUCUACGCUGCCGGCUAUCAAUCUGGUGCACACCAACCCGGCCAGCCGUCCGGGCCAAACGAUGGUGGCGAGGAUGAGCUUUUCUGCUAUGGAAAGCGCUGCUAUUCCGCCACCUUCUGGGGUGAAGCCAUUACCGUAUGGGUCGCCUGCGCGCUGCUGCUUUGGGCUUGGCUGGGACCUGGUGGCUGGAGGAAGCGCGGUAUCCUCAUCUAA